AGAGAGAGAGUGGCCCUUCCAGAUUCUCAGCCCCCAGAUGGCGAGAAAGCGAGGAAGACCGAAGAAACCUAAUGGAGCUCGAUCCAUGACGAAUUCACCGCAAUCAGAGGGUAGAAAUCCUGAGGGAGAAGCCAGCGCUGCAAUUGACAGAUCUGGGAAGCAAAAAUUGACGCCAAAAACUCCCUACGAGGUAAUGAACCCAAUCCUAAAUCAGCUGGAAAUAGAUGAAUCUAAUAUGAAGAAGCAGUAUAAUGGAGGCUUAAAUAUUGAUCUGAAUCUGAAAAAGAAACAAGCCUCGUAUGCUGACAUAGUGAAAGGGUCUGAUAUUGAAUGUGAAUUGUCGUAUGUACCGGCAGAAGAAAUUAAUGGACAGUCUGUUGCUAAGAUCAAUAAAGAUGAUAUAAUUGAGGACUUAGGAUGCUGGGAUCAAUCCAUCAUUGUCUGUGUAUUAGGAGCUAAUCCUCCAUUGGAAAUCAUAGAUGGAUAUGUAAGAAGGAUAUGGAAAAUGUACACCAUAGAAGAUGUAACGUAUCUCAAGGAGAGGCAGUUUAUCGUUAGGUUCAGUAAGAUUGAAGAACGUGAUGAAGCACUUAAACGGAAGUACUAUUAUUUUGACAAUAAGCCAGUGUUUACCAAAGCUUGGUGCCCUGGAACUAAAAUAGACAUCACUGAGCUGAAGGACAUCCCUAUCUGGGUUCAAUUUCCAGGGUUGAAUAUGAAAUACUGGAGUUUAACUGGAUUGAGAAAAUUGGGCAGUGUUAUUGGCAAGCCAAUAAGAAGAGACAAGGCCACAGCCACUAGAGCAAUGUGGGCAUUUGCUCGAAUUCAAGUUGAGGUCCAAGUGCAGCAGGAUUUUCCAGAGAUUAUUCAUUUUGCUGAUGAAGAGGACAGGAUAAUAUCUCAAGCAAUGGAAUAUGAAUGGAAGCCCACAAUAUGUUCUAAAUGCAAUAAGAUGGGUCACAUUGCUGAUAACUGCAGGAAAUCAAAGGAGACUAAAACAGGAGCCAACCCUAUCAUCAGGAAAGAGUGGAGACCAAAACAGAAAAAAAAUGAGGCGAAUGAUCUGAAGAAGGAAAAGGAAUCUACAAUAGAGGUGCCACAGUUUCAAACUGAGGUUCAGGUCAAUCUAGAGGAUGACCUAGGGAAAAACAAGUAUGAGGAAGAUCAAGAGGGUUUCCAGGAAGUACCUAAGAGGAAGAGUGCAAGAAGAUUAACUAUAGAUGAUCUGUAUAAGGGAGGAGGAAUGAAUGAUGUCCCUUAUACAGGGCAUUAUCCAUUUUUAUCAUGAUAUUGUCGUGGAAUAUUAGGGGUCUAAAUAACCCCAAUAAACAGUGGGAAAUAAAAGAUUUGGUUAAUAAAAAUAAUAUUAGUAUUAUGGGUCUCUUAGAGACUAAAAUAAAGAUUGAAAAGGAGAAGGAAGUACUUGGAAGAAUGUUUAAUGGUUGGGGCACAUUCACUAAUAUUGAGCAUCAUCCCCUUGGAAGGAUUUGGGUCAUUUGGAAUAAAAAGAAAGUCAGCACUCAAGUAAAUGACAGCUCUUCACAAGCUGUUCAUUGCAAGAUAAGAGAUCUGGAGAACUCCAAGUACUACUGGAUAACUUUUAUCUAUGCGCUAAAUGAUCAAGGAGCUAGAAAACAGUUGUGGGAAAAUUUAAUUCAAUAUGCAGAGACCAUGAAUGACCCUUGGUGCUGCAUUGGUGAUUUUAAUGCACCUUUAGACAGCAAAGAUAGGAAAGGAGGAUUGGCAGUAACUGAAGAGGAAAUGAAGGACUUCAAGGAGUGCGUGAUGAGAUGUGGGCUAGAGGAAAUUCCAUAUGUGGGCCCUUACUACACUUGGACAGACAAACAAGGUCCAGGUAAAAGAAUUUGGUCCAAACUUGACAGGGCAUUUUCCAAUGACGUUUGGAUGGCUGAGCUGAAUACUAAAACUAGAAUACUAAAUGAGGGAGUAUCUGACCACAGUCCACUUUUAGUAACUAGGAUUAGUACUAUUAAACAAUCAAAGGCUUUCAGAUUUUGUAAUAUGUGGCUUGAGGACUACAAUCUGCCUUUGAUUAUAAACCAGGGAUGGAAAAAGGAUUUGAACAACAGAAAUAUGUACCAGCUGGUGACUAAUCUAAGGAACUUAAAAAGACCGUUACGUAAACUGCAUAAUGACAGGUAUAGAGGGAUCCAUAGACAAGUGGAUGAAGCUUGGGAGGAGUUACUUGAAUUUCAGCAAGAGAUCAAGAAUGUGGUCAUGUCACAUGAACUGAUCUCAAAGGAUAGAUUGCUAACUGACAAACUUCAUAAAACAAUCAGAGCUUCAUACAUCCUAAAAUGCCAGCAAAGCAAACAAGACUGGAUAACUGAAGGGGAUAAAGCAUCAAGACUGUUCCAUGCUUGGCUAAAAAAGAGAAUUAUACAGAACCAAAUUCUAACCAUCCAUGAUGAUAAGGGAGGUCUUAUUGAGGGGACAGAUCAUAUUGCAGAAGUCUUUAUCAGAUAUUACACAAAGCUUCUGGGAACCAAAACUGCCACUACAGGUAUUGAUGCAGACAUCAUGAAAAAAGGGAAAACUCUGAACAUAGAACAACAGCUUCAACUUAUCAGACCUUUCAAUGCAAAACAUGUGAAAGAUGCAAUGUCCUCAAUCCCUAAUACCAUAAGCCCUGGGCCUGAUGGGUAUGGAAGUGGAGUCUUCAAGGGACAAUGGUCAAUAGUGGGGGAAUUAACUACCAAAGCUGUGCUGGAUUUCUUUAAGGAAGGAAAAUCUUUGGUUCAGAUUAAUGCUACACUGUUGACUGUACUCCCUAAGGUGUCAGAUCCUAAGGAUCCUACUGAGUACAGGCCAAUAGCUUGCUAAAACACCAUAUAUAAAGUGAUCUCUAAAUUGAUCUGUCUGCGUUUGAAGGAAGUCCUGCAUCAAAUAGUUGAUCUAAAUCAAAGAGCUUAUCUUCAGGGCAGAGAACUAAUUCACAAUGUACUGAUGACCCAGGAGAUAGCUAAAGGGUACAAUAGAAAGAAUUGUUCUCCUAGGUGCAUGAUGAAGUUAGAUCUUCAAAAAGCAUAUGACUCCAUUAGCUGGGAGGCUCUCGAAGGUAUCCUAUAUUACCU